GCAGAUGAAACCUUGAAGUGAGAAGGGAGGAGGAGAACAGAAAGGCCUCCCUCUUCCUUGUUUGCUGGUAGACAGAUGUGCUACGAUUAUAUUAAGUAUACCAAUCUCUUGUCUUUUCUCCAACCAUAAGAAUUUGCUGCAGAUAUGAACGGUUUGCGUGUGAAUUCGUCCCCCCAGUUGAUUCCUCCGAGUGGUGUAGAUCAUCCAAACGAAGCCACCUUGGAAGAGAAUGUGAAGUCGUUGUUGAGGUUGAUACAUGAUUACACAGAAGGCGGUGGGCGCAGACCACAAUGCGUCACCGGGAUGAUGACGGUCCUCGAUGGUCUGAAGUCUCAGGUCCAGAAACUGCAGCCUCCACGGAGGGGAGAGGCCGAGCUCCGCAGGUGCAACACCGACCUCCGCCGUGGCGCGCCUCCGAGGGAGAAGAAGCCCCUCGACCCGGCUGCUGACGAGGUCCAGAAGCUACGCCGGGAGCUGUUCACGAACAUGACCGCCCGCAGGAACCUGGAGAGGAUGUUCUCCAGCCUUGGCAAGGAGAAGGAGAUCAUGGCGGCGGAGCUGACGAGGAAGGCGCGGGAGCUGGCGGAGGCGGAGGAGCUCGUCGACGACCUCCGGGCGCAGAACGAGGUGCUUCUGGAGAAGGUCAAGGCGUGCGCGUCGGAGCACAAGAAGAACGGCGGGCAGUCGCAGCUCAACUCGGUGCUGCAGGAGCGGAACAAGGCACUGUCGGAGCAGCUCCUCAAGUCGUUGGAUGCGUACAGAACGGUGAAGAGGUGGCUAAGGGAUGCCCAGGAGGAGAACGCGAGGAUCGUUUUGGAGGCCGCGGAGGUGGCGGCGGCGAGCGCGGGGAUCGUGCAUCGCGUACGUGAAAGAAUGGAGGGAGGUGGGAAUGGGAAGGUGAGGACGGAGGGGGAGAUUAACUCCUUGGAGCAGAUGCUGCAUGGAUUGCAAGGGAAGCUGAGGAAAGUUAGCCCAAAAAAUAAGGGAGAUUGUUAGGAGCUGAAACCUUCAAGUUUAGGUGGAGAGAUUGAGAGGAGAGGGACUGAUGGAGAGGAAAUGUAACGUUUUCCUUUUCUUUUAGUUGGAA